CGGCAAUGACAUCAACUCUCUGAAACAAGGAUAGAGAGAAAGAGAGAGAGAGAGAAAGAGAGAGAGACCCCCUGUGAUACUUUACCAAUUAAGGAUCUCACUGUAAGAUAGAGAGAGAGAGAGAGAGAUAAAUAGAGAGAGAGAGAGAGAGAUAAAAAAGAGCAAAACAGUGAAGAUCUUUCUUUUUCACGAGUUCACGGAGCCCACCGGUUCUGCCCGCUGGGAGGGAUUUUACGCGCACCGCAACGGGAAGACAGAGCUAUAGAUUAAGAAAGGCCACAAACUUAAGCAGCGAGAGAGAGAGGGAGCGGUCGUCCAACAGACUCCACCUCUAAACCCCAGCCAGUGAACGGAGAGAGACCCGACGGCAUAAAAAUGAGUGGUUCCCACCUCCGCCAACACCAGUCGGCCCAGCCUGCAUUCAACGCCCUUUCCCCGGACAAAGACGCAGACAUGCCUGCUACAGAGAAGGACCUUGCCGAGGACGCGCCGUGGAAGAAGAUCCAACAGAACACGUUCACCCGCUGGUGUAACGAGCAUCUGAAAUGCGUCAACAAACGAAUCGCUAAUCUCCAGACGGACCUGGGCGACGGGCUGCGGCUCAUCGGACUCCUGGAGGUGUUGAGCCAGAAGAAGAUGUUCAGGAAAUACAACCAGCGGCCCACUUUCCGACAGAUGCAGCUCGAGAACGUCUCGGUGGCGCUCGAGUUCCUAGACAAGGAGAACAUCAAGCUGGUGUCCAUAGACUCCAAGGCCAUAGUGGAUGGUAACCUGAAGCUGAUCCUUGGCAUGGUGUGGACUCUGAUCCUCCACUACUCCAUCUCCAUGCCCAUGUGGGACGAGGAGGAGGAGGGGGGAGACGGCCAGCACAAGACCCCGAAACAGAGGCUUCUGGGAUGGAUCCAGAACAAGCUCCCAGAGAUCCCCAUCCACAACUUCAGCAGAGACUGGCGGAGUGGCAGAGCACUGGGGGCACUGGUCGACAGCUGUGCUCCAGGCCUGUGCCCUGAUUGGGACCAGUGGGACCAGACUAAACCGGUGGACAACGCCCGUGAGGCCAUGCAACAGGCUGAUGACUGGCUGGGUAUCCCUCAGGUGAUAACCCCAGAGGAAAUCGUUGACCCCAAUGUAGAUGAACAUUCCGUGAUGACAUACUUGUCCCAGUUCCCCAAGUCCAAACUGAAACCUGGCGCUCCCCUGCGCCCCAAACUGAACCCCAAGAAGGCCCGGGCAUACGGACCAGGUAUAGAGCCAGUAGGUAAUGUUGUGAUGAAGAAGGCUGUGUUUACAGUGGAGACCAUCAGUGCUGGGAUGGGAGAGGUGCUGGUGUAUGUAGAGGACCCUGCCGGACACAGAGAGGAGGCCAAGGUGACAGCCAACAACGAUAAGAAUCGUACCUACUCCGUCUUCUACAUUCCCAAAGUCACUGGGAUGCACAAGGUGACGGUGCUGUUUGCGGGGCUACACAUCAAUAAGUCUCCGUAUGAGGUGGAUGUGGGGAUGGCCCAGGGAGACAGCAGCAAAGCUACAGCUCAGGGACCUGGACUAGAACCUGCCGGGAACAUCGCCAAUAAGUCCACAUGCUUUGACGUCUACACCGCAGGUGCUGGUGUGGGAGAGGUGGAGGUGGUGGUCAUGGACCCAGCGGGUAAGAAGGACGUGGUGGUGUGUCAGAUAGAAGAUAAGGGCAACAGUUCGUACCGCUGCACCUACAAACCCACCCUGGAGGGGACCCACACCAUCUACGUUACCUUCGCUGGAGGACAGAUCAGCAAGAGCCCCUUCACUGUUAACAUAGGAGAGGCUUGUAACCCCAGCCUGGUCCGGGCUAAGGGCCGUGGUCUGCAGCCUAAAGGCCUCCGGGUGAAGGAGACAGCUGACUUCAGAGUCUUCACCAAAGGAGCUGGGACUGGAGAACUCAAAGUCACCAUCAAGGGCCCCAAGGGUCUGGAGGAGCCCUGUAAGAGGAAGGAUCUAGGAGACGGCGUGUUUGGUUUUGAGUACUACCCCUCCACCCCCGGAACAUACAGUAUAACCAUCACCUGGGGAGGACAACACAUCCCCCGCAGCCCGUUGGAGGUGAAGAUUGGUUUGGAGGCGGGGCCACAGAAGGUGCGAGCAUGGGGGCCCGGUCUGGAGAGUGGCAUUGUGGGUAAAUCUGCCGACUUCGUGGUCGAAGCUGUUGGAGAGAAUGUGGGAACACUGGGUUUCUCGGUGGAGGGUCCGUCCCAGGCGAAGAUCGAGUGUGAUGAUAAGGGCGACGGGUCAUGUGACGUGCGGUACUGGCCAAUGGAAGCAGGAGAGUACGCGGUGCAUGUGCUCUGUAACAACGAGGACAUCCAGCACUCUCCCUUCAUGGCUGAAAUCACUGCUGCUCUAAACAAGGACUAUACCCUGAUAAGGUGUGUUAAAUCACUGCUGCUAAACAAGGACUAUUACCCUGAUAAGGUGAAGGCAUAUGGUCCAGGACUACAGAGCAGUGGUCUUGCUGUGGGGAAACCCACUGAGUUCACCGUCGAUGCCAAGCUGGGAGGGAAUGCUGCCCUCAAGAUCCUGGCACAGGAUGGUGAGGGUACCCCAGUAGAUGUCCAGGUGAAGGAUAACGGUAAUGGAACGUACACCUGCAGUUACACCCCCAAGAAACCCCUCAAACACACCGUCAUGGCGUCCUGGGGCGGGGUCAACAUACCGGACAGUCCCUUCAGGAUGAGUAUCGGGGCAGGCUGCCACCCUAACAAGGUGAAGGUGUCAGGUCCUGGUGUGGCUAAAACAGGGCUGAAGGCUUUUGAACCAACAUUCUUCACUGUGGACUGUGCUGAGGCAGGACAAGGUGACAUCAGUAUAAGGUAUAAGUGCUCUCCAGGUGUGGUGGGACCGGCGGAGGCAGACAUCGACUUCGACAUCAUCAGGAACGACAACGACACGUUUACCGUUAAAUACACCCCGCCAGGCGCUGGUAGCUACACCAUCAUGGUGCUGUUCGCUGACCAGACCAUUCCCAUGACUCCUAUCAGGAUCAAAGUUGACCCGUCACAUGACGCCAGCAAGGUCAAGGCCGAGGGACCUGGGCUCAACCGCAGUGGUGUGGAGUUGACCAAGCCGACCCACUUCACAGUAAACACCAAGGCCGCAGGCAAAGCCAAGCUGGACGCUGUGUUCUCCGGCCCGGCUAAAGGAGAGGCUGUUAAGGACUUUGAGAUCAUUAACAACCAUGACAACACCCACACGGUCAAGUACACCCCCGUCCAGCAGGGGCCUCUGGGAGUGGCCGUCACCUACGGAGGAGAUUCUAUUCCCAAGAGCCCCUUCUCCAUCCCUGUGGCUCCAAGCCUCGACCUCAGCAAGAUACAAGUUGAUGGACUGGGAGACAAGAUAACAGUGGGUAAGGACCAGGAAGUGACCGUGAAGUCCAAGGGUGCAGGAGGUCAGGGGAAGGUGGGAGCUAAGGUUACAGGGCCUUCUGGGAAACCUGUCACCUGCAAGGUGGAAGCGGGGCUUAAACCAGAGACCAGUCAGGUGAAGUUCAUCCCUCGAGAGGCUGGGCCAUACCAGGUGGAGCUGACCUAUGACAGCGCUCCCAUCCCAGGAUCCCCUUUCAAACCCACUGCCUACCCCCCCACUGAUGCCACCAAGGUGAAGUGUUCUGGCCCAGGGUUGGAGCGUGCCAAGGUGGGAGAGACUGGGGAGUUUGUGGUGGACUGUACCAACGCGGGUCCAGCUGAGCUGACCAUAGAGAUCAUCAGUGACAGCGGGACAGAGGCAGAGGUCCACAUCCAGGAUAACGGAGACGGAACCUACACCAUCACCUACAUCCCCCUGUACCCCGGCUCCUACACCCUCACCAUCCGCUACGGGGGGCAGGAUGUACCCAACUUCCCCGCCCGCCUCACAGUGGAGCCGGCCGUCGACGCCAGUGGAAUCCGCGUGUUCGGACCGGGAGUGGAGGGCAAAGGCGUGUUCCGCGAGGCGACCACAGACUUCACGGUAGAUGCCAGAGCUCUGAACCAGACGGGAGGGAACCACAUCAAGACGGUGAUCCAGAACCCAUCUGGCGCCGUUACCGAUGCUGUCAUCACCGACCGCUGUGACGGAACCUACAACGUAGAGUACACUCCCUACGAAGAGGGUCCCCACAGUGUAAAGGUGGCGUACGAUGAGUCUCCAGUUCCCAAAAGUCCGUUCCGUGUGGCAGUGACGGAGGGUUGUGACCCGGGGCGUGUACGUGCACAUGGACCCGGCUUGGACAGUGGCAUCACCAACAAGGCCAACAAGUUCACUGUGGAAACCCGUGGUGCGGGAACAGGAGGUCUGGGUCUGGCUGUAGAGGGCCCAUCAGAGGCUAAGAUGUCCUGCACCGACAACAAAGAUGGCAGCUGCAGUGUAGAGUACAUUCCCUACGAGGCUGGAACAUAUAACCUCAACAUCACCUACGGAGGACAGCCCAUCGCUGGCAGUCCAUUCCAGGUUCCUGUCAGUGACACUGUGGACAGUUCUAAGGUGAAGUGCCAGGGGGUGGGGCUUGGAACCAACGUGCGUGCCAACAUUCCACAGGCCUUCACCGUGGACGCCUCUAAAGCAGGAGUUGCACCUCUGCAAGUCAGAGUACAAGGACCCAAAGGUGUAGUGGAGCCAGUAGAGUUAGUGGAUAAUGGAGACCAGACUCACACCGUGAACUACACCCCGACCAGAGAGGGACCUUACUCUAUCAAUGUACUGUAUGCUGACCAAGAGAUCCCACGCAGUCCCUACAAGGUGAAAGUGUUGCCUACCCAUGAUGCCAGCAAGGUGCGUGCCAGCGGCCCUGGGCUCAACACCACCGGAGUGCCCGCCUCUCUGCCUGUCGAGUUCACCAUCGACGCCAAGGAUGCAGGAGAGGGACUGCUCGCCGUGCAGAUCACUGACCCCGAGGGGAAGCCUAAGAAGGCCAGUAUCCGUGACAACCAGGACGGGACUUACCUGGUAUCGUAUGUACCUGACAUGACUGGUCGUUACACCAUCCUGAUAAAGUAUGGAGGAGACGAGAUCCCUUAUUCCCCCUACCGCAUCAGGGCUCUACCUACUGGAGACGCCAGCAAGUGUACCGUCACAGUGUCAAUCGGCGGCCACGGCCUGGGAGCCGGUGUGGGUCCAACCAUCCAGAUCGGAGAGCAGACUGUCAUUACCGUGGAUGCAAAGGCUGCUGGGAAAGGAAAGGUGACGUGCAGUGUGUGUACCCCAGAAGGGGUGGAGUUAGAUGUAGACGUGGUGGAGAACGAGGAUGGAACCUUUGAUAUCUUCUACACCGCCCCCCAGCCUGGAGAUUACUGUAUCUGCAUUCGCUUUGGAGGGGAACUCAUCCCCAACAGCCCCUUCCUGGUCACGGCAUUGGAAGGAGCCCCCUCAGAUCAGCUCCAACAGCAACAACUACCACAGUACUACAGUCAACAGCCCUGGGCAACAGACCGGCCAAUGGGAAUGAAUGGUUUGGAUGUGGCGGGCCUCCGGCCGUUUGACUUGGUUAUCCCCUUCACCAUCCAAAAAGGAGAGAUCACAGGAGACGUGCGCAUGCCGUCAGGUAAYACAGCCAAGCCGGACAUCACAGACAAUAAGGAUGGGACAGUAACGGUUAAAUACGCUCCGACUGAGGCCGGCCUGCACGAGAUGGACAUCAAAUACGACGGGAUACACAUCCCUGGUAGUCCCCUCCAGUUCUAUGUGGACUAUGUGAACAGCGGGAACGUCAGUGCGUACGGACCGGGGCUGAUCCACGGGACCGUCAACAAACCUGCUAUGUUCACCGUCAACACCAAGGACGCAGGAGAGGGUGGUCUGUCGCUGGCCAUCGAGGGUCCUUCUAAAGCCGACAUCAGCUGUGUGGAUAACCAGGAUGGAACGUGUUCUGUAUCCUACCUGCCUGUUCUACCUGGAGACUACAGCAUCCUGGUCAAAUACAAUGACAAACACAUCCCAGGCAGCCCCUUCUCAGCCCGCAUCACAGGUGAUGACUCUAUGAGGAUGUCCCAUCUGAAGGUGGGCUCUGCUGCUGACAUCCCAUUGGACAUUGGAGAGCUGGACCUGAGUCAGCUGACAGCCUCUCUGACCACUCCCUCCGGCCGAGAGGAACCCUGCCACCUCAAGAUGCUCCGCAACGGACACGUUGGCAUCUCGUUUGUUCCCAAGGAGAUCGGGGAGCACCUGGUGAACAUCAAGAAGAACGGACGCCAUAUUCCCAGCAGCCCCAUCGCCGUGAUGAUCAGCCAAUCAGAGAUUGGCGACGCCAGCCGGGUGCGAGUGACUGGCCAGGGUCUCAGUGAGGCCAAAACCUUUGAACCUGCUGAGUUCAUCAUCGACACACGCGAAGCAGGCUAUGGGGGUCUGAGUCUGUCCAUCGAGGGCCCCAGUAAGGUGGACAUUAACACUGAGGACCAGGAGGACGGGACCUGUAAGGUCAGCUACUGCCCUACUGAACCAGGAAACUACAUCAUCAACAUCAAGUUCGCCGACCAACACGUACCAGGGAGUGCGUUCACGGUGAAGGUGACGGGAGAAGGGAGGAUGAAGGAGAGUAUCACCAGGAAGAAGAGAGCAGCAUCUGUUGCUAACGUGGGCAGCCAGUGUGACCUCAGCCUCAAGAUCCCAGAGAUCAGCAUAGCAGACAUGGUGGCCCAGGUGACCAGUCCGUCUGGUCAGGUCCAGGAAGCUGACAUCAUGGAGGGAGAGAACAACACCUACUGCAUCCGCUUUGUUCCCACGGAGACCGGCGUGCACACAGUGUGUGUGAAGUACGCGGGCGUCCACGUGCCCGGCAGCCCCUUCCAGUUCACUGUGGGGCCCCUGGGAGAAGGAGGGGCUCACAAGGUCCGCGCUGGGGGGCCCGGGCUGGAGAGGGCAGAGGCUGGAGUACCAGCUGAGUUCAGUAUCUGGACGCGGGAGGCGGGUGCAGGGGGUCUCAGCAUCGCGGUGGAGGGGCCCAGUAAAGCAGAGAUCACCUUCGAGGACCGCAAGGACGGAUCCAGUGGAGUAUCCUACAUGGUCCAGGAGUCAGGAGACUAUGAGGUGUCUAUCCGUUUCAACGAGGAGCACAUCCCUGACAGUCCCUUCGUGGUUCCCGUGGCGUCGCCCUCUGAUGACGCCAGACGACUCACUGUUGCCAGUCUUCAGGAGUCCGGGUUGAAGGUCAAUCACCCAGCAUCCUUUGCUGUGAGCCUGAACGGAGCGAAGGGACAGAUCGACGCUAAAGUUCACUCACCCUCCGGAGCCCUGGAGGGCUGCUGUGUUACUGAGCUAGACCAGGAUAAGUAUGCUGUCCGAUUCAUUCCCAGAGAGAACGGUCUGUAUCUGAUCGAUGUGAAGUUCAACGGCAGUCACAUCCCCGGCAGUCCCUUCAAGAUCAGGGUCGGGGAGACGGGACAGGCUGGAGACCCAGGCAUGGUGACCGCAUACGGAGCUGGAUUAGAGGGAGGAACCACUGGUACAGCCUGUGAGUUCGUGGUUAACACCAGUAAGGCGGGCCCCGGGGCACUGGCGGUGACCAUCGACGGCCCCUCCAAGGUGAAGAUGGACUGUGUUGAGUGUCCGGAGGGUUACAAGGUGACCUACGCCCCCAUGGCUCCAGGAAACUACUUGAUCUCCAUCAGAUACGGAGGACCUUACCACAUCGUAGGAUCCCCCUUCAAGGCUAAGAUCACUGGCUCCAAGCUGGUCAGUAGCCAUAGUAACCACGAGACGUCCAGUGUCAUGGUCGACCCCGUGACUCGCCAGGUUAGCUCUUCCCACCAGGGAGCUCCCAGCCAAUCGGACGCCAGCUGUGUGACAGCCAAGGGGCUCGGUCUAUCAAAGGGUUUCAUCGACCAGAAGAACAUCUUCAGCGUGGACUGCAGCAAAGCAGGUCGUAACAUGCUGUUGGUGGGUGUGGACGGGCCCAGGGUUCCCUGUGAGGAGGUUCUGGUGAAGCAUCUUGGGAACCGUGUCUAUAACAUCAGCUACCAGCUCAAGGAGAAGGGAGAGUACAUCCUGGUAGUGAAGUGGGGAGAACAACACAUCCCUGGCAGCCCCUACCACAUCACUGUCUAGACCAAUCAGAUUCAACUCCAUUACUGUCUAGAGGCCAAUGACAAAUCAGAACCCUCCAAACUAGCCCUUUGUCUUCAUAGCAAUCAGAUUACAACUUUCUAAACUCAUUCACCAUAACCCAAACAAUAAUGCAUAAACACUGAAUAUUCCUCUCCUCAUCACUAUCAUCCCUUCUCCCUCCCCUCCCCAUCAUAAUCACCUCCCCUCACCUAUCAUAAUCAUCCUGUCUCCCACCUCCCCUCCCCUCACCUAUCAUAAUCAUUAGUAGUCAUAGAGAGGGGAAACAUGCACCUUUUUAUUACUGUAAAAUAGCUUAGCAACAUGUACCUUCCUUUCCCCACGCAGUGUUUAGCUGUGGGCUAGUGUUAGCCUAGCCUAGCGGUAUAGGGGUUAGCCUAGCGGAGCAUAGUAUAUUGGUAUGAGAAUAGCCUAAUGCUAGUCCAGUGUGUUCAUAAUGCUAAUUCUAAAAUGUUUAAGGGAAAGAAUGAUACCUAGUCAGUUAAGCUGCUGCUAUUGUGGCCUGGUGUUAGCUCGUCUCAACCAUAACAAUAAUGAAAGUGCCUAAAAGGUUAAUAACUGUUAGUAUUAUGACAUGGUAUGAUAGGGUUAUGACUAGUACGUUAGUAAUGAUAGAGUAGCCGGUCCCAAUAACUUCACACACACUGCUACUGCACUUGUUUUAAAGGUGCAACUAACACCACUGCAGCGACUGACCCAGUUAGAACUGCAUCUUACAGCAUAUUGACUAGCAUCAAAGUAUUAAUAACUAGUGUCACUAGUAGUAUGAAUAACUGUAGUGUGGAAGUGAUGUCUAGUAUUGAAUAGAAACUGUCACGGUAGUAACUAAUAUUACUAGCGGUGAAUACGACUAGAGGAAAGUGUUGGAUGGAGAGAUGACUACUUGGAGUGAUGAGCAAAAUAAAGAACAAAUGUUGCUUUGUGUUCCUGCUAAAUGUUCUAACCCCUCCCCCCCGCUAUUUAGCUUUGUUACACAGUAUUCCAGAACAAAAUAACCUUGUCUGUUAAAGGGCUUUAAAGUGUUGUAAGACAGUAUUUUGACUCACAAUAAAGAUUGUCUUGAAGGAUCUC